AUGUCACAACUGGCGCCUUCAAUGAGCAACUUUGAGAAUGGUAAAGGGAAGCUACCAUCUCAGGUAAUCGCCAAUUCAAAAGAGAAUGCAAGUGCAAUGCUUUUACGAAGUGGAAAGGAGGUGCAAUCCUCGAAAUCGGAGGCAACAGGAGUAGAAGAUGAACGAGAGUGUAGGGAGCUUGAAAGGAAAAGCAAGUUGACUAAAGCCAAGAAAGAGGAGUCAGAGAAGGAGAUUUUGGACACAUUUCGAAAAGUGGAAAUCAACAUCCCAUUACUUGAGGCGAUUAGGCAGUUGCCAAAAUAUGCAAAGUUGCUGAAGGGGUUGUGCACUAACCGGAACAAGUUGAAUCUCCAAGACAAAGUAAGGGUAGGUGAGAAUAUGUCAGCAGUCCUUCAAAGGAAGUUGCUACAAAAAUGCAAAGAUCCAGAACCUUUAAAAGAGAUAAGAGUGGUAAUUCAACUAGCUGAUAGGUCCAAUGUUUACCCUGGGGGUGUGGUUGAAGACGUCCUAGUGAAAGUUAAUGAGUUUAUCUUUCCUGCGAAUUUCUAUAUUGUUGACAUGAAUGAUGAUAACUCCGCUAAUUUAGCUGUACUUCUUCUGGGUAGACCGUUCAUGAGUAUGGCCUGGACAAAGAUAGAUGUGCAUGAAGGGACCCUUUCUGUAGAAUUUGACAAUGAGACAAUCAUUUUUAACAUUUUUGAUGCAAUGAAAUACCCUGAUGAUACUGAGUCUGUUAAUUGUGUUUAUCUCACCAAUUCAAUUGUGCAAGAUAACUUUGAGCAGAAUUUUAUGAAAGACAAGUUGGAAUUCGUGUUGCAACAGAGCAAGGUGAAUGAGGAGGUGGAAAGCGUGAAUGAUGAGGAUACUGUAAAAGCAAUUAUGUCACUACAUUCACUUCCUGCACUUCUCGACAGCCCUGAAAUACUUGUUCGCAAAGAAGGAGUCCAGGCCAAGACUCAUCCGUUAGAUACUCCUGCUGCAAGAGUUUGA